AAAUGUCAAAGGAUAUCAAGAUUUCGUCAUUGUGUAAAAGCAAUUAGUUGCGAGCACUUUGUGCGUUGCAUUUAAAUUGUUUCGUUUGUUAUAAUUAUGUUUAUUAGUGCCUCCGAGGCCGUUAAUUCCGAUACAAGUACGGACGCUAACAUAAGUAAUAGUGAGGAAGCAAUGCCUGCUGUAAUUAGUAGUAAUUCUAUGUUGCUGAGUAGUAAACGUUCCGCCAGUAGCGCUUCAGAGGCCGAUUGCUACAACAUGUCUCUCGGCGCCGGGCCUCUGUGGUGGUCCGAUGCCCCUGGGGAGACCAGGGGCUCGCCGCCUUUGCGGCUAACUUUUCGCACUGGCCGUCAGCCAUGGGACACUGUCUUGCAGGGGCGCACUUUGUAUGUUGCCCUUCCACCACGUGUCCUUGCCGAGGGCUCCCGUGAGAGUUUUGUUGCACUGCUUGAGGCUGCAGAGGAGGAUCUUAAAUGCGAACAUGUCAUAGUGGUUUUUGCCAACGAUCAUCCUGAGAGGGCAAAAUUGAUAAGGACAUUCAUGUUCUUUGGGUUUACAGUGUUAUCUCCAACCUCUCCACUAAUGCCUCCAUCGUUAGCCUCAGGCAAUGUGUGCAUGGUAUAUAACAUCGAGGAGUAGUCUACCCCCAGCAGAGCCUCGGUCACUUCGGUUUUGUUCACCUUAGUUUUAAAUAUCUUUUGUGAUGUCCCAUAGUUUCUAUUUAAAGCUUUCAAACAGCUUACACUUGCGCCACUUUUGCUUAUUUUCAUCUUUAGUAUUGUAUGAUUGUCUGUUUGUCAAAGGCAAAGGUAAAUUUCAUCUCUUUCACAUCGUACAAGUAUACAUCACUUUCUUUUUCUUAUAUUUAGGUGUGUUAUAGUAUAUGUAUUUGUUCUUUCUAUUUAACAAUAUGUAGUUUUAUAUUAUUAAAUUUAUAUUUAGGUAUAUUGGCUGGUGAACAAAUCUAGGUGGUAAAUUUAAAGCGGCAGUGCGAAAAUAUUGUGCCCCUAUAUAUAUAUAUUAACAAAAAAAAACAAAAAAAAAUCAUAUAAGA